AUGUGCCGCGACAUCACCAAGAACAGCCUCAAGGUGAAGCCUGGACACCAUAGCGCAGCGACCUGUCAGGCCGCGUGGAGGAAUGGGACCUGGUACCGUUUGGCCGACUGCUGGGACUCUCAGAUGACCGGCGAGGAGAAGGCGAACUGCGCCAAGUCUCCCAUCGACCUCGUCCCCGAAAAAACCCUCUCUGCGGUCGGAGGUUCGCUGAGCUUCAACAUGGCCCCAGUCAAGUCGGUGACUGUGACACCAAGUAACUACACCCUGGAUGCUCUGCCGAAUGUGUUUGCAGUGCCCGGAGCCAUCACGAACUUUGGGAGCAUGGUGGUGAACGGCCGAAGCUUCCUCAUGCACAAGAUCUCCGUGAAGCCGAUCUCCUCACACAAGUACAACGGCAAGCAUUACGCUGCGGAGCUUCAGGUGGAAGGCAUUAUGGACGGUGAUGGCUUCAACAAGCUUGCCGAGCUUUCCGGGGUGCACGCUGGAGGAGAUGCUGGACACAGCUCCGGGGAUCAUGGAGGCCAUGGAGGUGAAAGCCAUGGCUCAGGCGAUGCUGGCCACAGUGCCGGCGGCGACAGCCACGACUCUGGCAGCUCCGGCGGCCACGCCGAUGGCCACUCCGACGGCCAUGGUACCGAUGGUAGUUUCAGCACAGAUAUCGGGCACGGCACCGUCGACCACCACGAUGACCACGAUGCUGGAGAUCACGGUGGGCACGAUGACCACAAUGCUGGAGAUCACGGAGGUCACGGUGGGGGGCAUCGGCGCCUGCAGGCCGCCGUGGAGGUCUUCCACCGCGUCAUCUUGAGCGUUCCUAUCGAGAUCGGCAAAGAAAACUCGCUCCUACGUGAAUUGGGUCUGCCUUUCGAUGCGUACAAGGAUUCGAUCAGUGCCAUGCACCCAUACCAAAUCGAGAACACGGUGAACCUUAAAAGCGCUCUCUCGAAGGCAUUGGACGGGCCCUGGAUGUGGUACAGAGGCGGGAUGGUGACCCCAGGAUGUCCCGACUGGGGCGUCCGAUGGCUGAUGCUGAUGACCCCUCUGCAAGCAAGCUUUCUGCAGCUGAACUUCUUGGACAUGAAGGUGUCAGGCAUGGACUCCACACGGGUGUUCCCUGUGGAGAUGGAUGACGCGACAUACAAG